CUGACGGGAUUUCUCGAUCCCAUGCCACUAGUUACUCUGAAGAUUUUUCAAAUGGCAACUCGGAAGACGCUUCCAACGAUCCUGACGCUCUGCCUCAGCUUGUGCGUGGCAAGCAUCAAUGCUACGCCAAUGGACAUGCCGCCCCGAGAGGACGGGUCUGUCUUGGUCGGAGACAUCGCAUAUUCUGCCGAGGAAUGGGAAAGUUUGCUCGCUAAAAACCUGCAAUCAUUGAAGAUACUUUGGCCAAAAACUAACGGAGUCGUGAAUAUUCCCUACAAGAUAUCGAAUCCGGAAGUAAACACGGCUCUGAUGGAGCAGGCGUUCAGUGCAUGGGAGUCCAAGACGUGUGUCAAGUUCUCUAAGAUGGCCGAGUCUGACAAGCGCCUCGAGUACCUUGACUUUAUGAUCAAGGGAUACUGUUACUCCUACCUUGGCUACAGGAAGGGCAUAACUACUCCUGUCAGUCUACCUAGCUCAUGUACCUUCAAGGCAUUUGAACACGAACUUGGCCACUCCAUGGGGUUGCGACAUGAAAUGAAUCGCAGUGACAGGGACAAACAUAUCAUCGUCAUCUCAGGCGUGAAAUACAAGCCUGGCUUAGACAGCCAAUUCGCACUUAUGAACACCAUUAACUUCGACAUCCCUUACGACUACUGUUCCAUCAUGCACUAUAAGGACAAGGCUGGGAGCGAACACGAUGAUGAACACACUAUGCUCGCCCUGGACGCUCGGUUCCAGACCCUCAUGGGCUGGUGUAGUACUAACAUCUCCCACUGGAACUACAAGCUCGUGAACACCAUGUACAACUGCAC